AUGGAUGAUAGAGUUGUAUUGAAGAUUUAUUACUACGGGCAGAUCUUAUUACAAACAUAUGAGGGAGUUCAAUUCGUGUGUGAAAAUCCAUUAGAUGUUGUUAUUCCAUUCACAUUGUCAUUUGAGGAGUUGAAAGGUGUGAUUUGUGAGAAGAUAGGCACGCAAAGAUGUAGGAGAAUAUCGUGUAUUUUGUACAGGUAUCCUUUACCUGUGUUUGGCGGGUUUGUUCAAUUUCAAACCAAGUAUGUGAUGGACGAAGCGAGUAUGCAGGAAAUGUUUUCAAUGUACAUGGAAAAUCGCCACCGAAUAUCGUGCAUCGAGUUAUAUAUUGAGUUUGAGCAAUCUGAAGCAGACCGUAACAUUGAGUUGGAAGAUUAUAAUAGUGAAAGCGAAGAUGAAUUUGAAAGUAACUAUGAGAUCGUCGGUCCAGGCGAGGACGAAGAAGAAGCUGUUGGCGACAUGAACGCAGAUGUGGCGGAAGUUGCAAAUGCACUAGCAAACCCGCAUCCGUUUCAAGAGCCUUCUUUCAUGCGGACGUUGGAUUUGGGGGCUAUGUACUCACCGGAGUUUCCGGAAUAUAUGAAUACAGCCCCUCCUGUUGUGGCGGAUGGUGAGUUCACAGUGGGGAUGGAAUUCAGCUCAAGGGAGGCAGUAAUCAAGGCAAUGAAAGAUUAUACCAUCCGGAGAGGUGUGGACUAUCGGGUAUAUGAGUCGGAACCGACGACAUUCUAUGCCAAAUGUAUAGAAUAUGGGAAUGGUUGUGACUGGUUGAUCCGGGUAACCAAAAUGCAGAAGAAGUACUGUUGGGAGAUAAGGAGGUACAAUGGAAGUCAUACUUGUACCAGGUCUACUAUUUCUCAAGACCAUUCGAAGCUGGAUUCCAAGACAGUUGCAGAAGCAAUAAAGCCGUUGGUAGAGGUUGACCCGUCUAUAAAGGUGAAAUCAGUAAUUGCUGAUAUCCAGUCAAAGUUUAACUACACCAUCAGUUAUCGCAAGGCUUGGUUAGCAAAGCAGCAGGCGGUCGAAUCAAUUUUCGGAAGUUGGGAAGCAUCGUAUGAAGCUUUGCCGAUAUGGUUUGAGGCCAUGUGCCACAAAGAGCCAUCAGCAGUGGUUCACUUUGAAACAAUGCCAGCUUACCAGGGGGAUGAUUUGGUUCCUGAUAUACGUGUUCUACAUAGAGUCUUCUGGAGUUAUUACCCCUGUAUAAGGGCCUUCAGACACUGCAAGCCAGUGGUGCAGGUGGACGGGACUCAUUUGUAUGGAAAAUACAAGGGUUGUUUAUUGGUUGCAGUGUCACAAGAUGGUAAUAACAACAUCGUGCCUAUUGCAUUUGCCAUAGUGGAGGGAGAGACUUCUGAUGCAUGGCACUUUUUUCUGAGCAACCUGCGUCAACAUGUGGUGACCCGUGAUGGUGUCGGACUAAUCUCCGAUCGACACGAUUCGAUUAGGUCAGCUAUUGAACGAAGUAAUGGGGCGUGGUCUCCUCCAAGAGCUUUCCAUAUGUUUUGCAUCAGGCAUAUUGAGUCCAACUUCUUGAGGAAGUUCAAAGCACCUUACCUGCAGAAGCUUAUCGUCAACAUUGGAUAUUCAAGGACGACCAGGGAGUACCAGAUGCGCUAUGAACGAUUAAAGGAACGGGGUGAGGCUUACACCAAUUGGCUUGAUCGGAUCCCUCGUGAGCAGUAUGCUUUGGCAUUUGAUGGUGGUUACCGAUGGGGUCAUAUGACCACCAAUCUUGUGGAAUGUAUCAACUCCGUCUUAAAGGGUGCACGCAAUCUCCCAGUCACUGCACUUGUUAAGGCGACAUUUUACAGGCUGAAUGAGUUGUUCACUAGGCUGAAUGAGUUGGAAACACUCGGGGAUUGCCAGGAAUCGGCGCUAGAAAUGGUAGCCGGAUCCAAGCCCAACUGA